CAAGAACCCUCAUGAACUUGGUUCGCACUUCCAGAUUCGUCUACAUUCGUCUUCUGUCUGGUAUAUCGCUAUCAAGCCUGGGCUUACUCGACUUGGAAAGGUCUCAAGCGCAAUUGAGGGUGGGUAGUGUGACUACAGGACUGCCGCGGCGUUCAAAACCAUUCAACGAUGUGACGUCGAUGUCACCUGGUCUAUCAACUUGCCGUGUGGACCGAAGUCCUAUGCCCUGUGUUUGCUCAAGCUCAUCACCCAGUACAAAUUUACGAAGCGGGCUUCACGGUUCAUACAAAUUGAAUGCCACGUUGCGUCCAAUAAGUAGGCCUCAAUAAGUACUGGCGGUUGAUUUUCAAUGACAAACUACCUUCCGUUUGAAUGCCGGACAUACUAUUCGUAUGUGGUCUUUGGCCGUCAUUCCACACGCCAUCUCGGUGUCUGGAGGCACUUAUGACAUACCGAUCGCCAUGUAGAUAGCAUUCACGUAUCGAUCGUCGUUCUCUCUCUCAAUAUAUACAGAUACAACCGCAGGCCAAUUCGGUCGGGACCGGCGGUUAUGAUAAUGUA